AUUUCCCUUGCUAUAUUACCAAAAUUUUCGUCAAAAAUGCUAGACGGGAAGCAACUGUGUGCAAACAGAGCGGCCAUUAUGAGACAAAUAAAGGCAACCAAUCACACGCGCUCAUACCGAUACAUUACGUCAUUUAUACAUGGUCUGAAAAGUGAAUGUUAAGUGUAUGAUCAAGACCAUCGCUAAAGUCCUGGACCCUAAGUGGGUGGCAUCGGGAUUCUUAGAAAAAGACAUAAUGGAAAAGGAAGCGACAGUCACUGGCACUGUUUUAAAAGGAAAAAUGCCGAAAGUUCUUUACGUUAGUAUAAGUGAUUUUGGCUCAAUUGCUGAAGCAAACCGAUGGUGUCCGAGGGAACAUACUUUGCUAAAAUAUUGGUGUCAAAAUAAUAAAAGUUUAGCGAGGAAGUAUUUUGAAGAAAAUGGGUAUGUUGUUGUUGAUGAUGAGGUGGAAGAAGCAGAAGAAAUUGACAAGGUGGAAAGGGAGUUUACAAAGAUAAUCGGUCAAAAAAGACCAAAGACUAAAGAAGAGGUUGAUGUUAUUAUGCAAGAUUAUGCAAAAAAAAUACACAAAGCUGCUGAAAAAGAUAGGGUUCCAGAAGAGAAUGUGAUAAAAUUAAAGAAAAGUAUGGAAUCAAAAUUGAACAAAACUUGUGGUACAGUAAAUGAAAAGAAAAUUCUUGAUAAAACACAGGAAAAAACUGGUGUUGUAAUUAAGUCGCGGAAUGAUAAAAUGUACUACAAAGAUAUUUAUAAAGAUGAUGAGUAUAUUUUCAGAAUUGGUGGAAAAGUUGAUGGUAUAUCAGACGAUAUUGUUAUUGAAGCCAAAAACCGCAUGAGUAUUAAAACCGUUAGAAAAAAUAUUUAUGAUUUGUUUCAACUGAUGGGUUAUAUCUAUGUAACGGAUGUUAGUAAAGGUAAAAUUGUUCAGAAAUGUGGCAACGUAGUGUGGGAUUCUGACGAGAACACUGAUAAGGAAUGGGGAAUUGUCACUCUUGAUGAGCGAUGGGAUAACUUUUUUAAAUUUGAUUUACUCACAUUUUUCGAAGAACUUAAAAAUGUUCCUCAUAUGAAUUUCUUACCUAAGCCAUUUCUGACGAAAAAGAAAGAUAAAUAUCUUUUGGCAUCUGGAUGUGAACCAAUUGAAGAGAAGAUUUAUGAAAUUUUGUAUCAGUCGUAUUUUUUGGAAAUAUUUGAUGAUGAAGAAUGGUUAAUGGUACCACCAUGCACAACUGAGGAUUUAAACUCUAUUUAGGCUGCCAUCAAGUAUACGUUCAAUUUGUGACUUAAAAAAAACGAUGAGGAAAAAGACAGGGUACGCCAGAAAGCUUUUUGGCAUACCCUGUGCCAAAAUUUAGUCAAACAAAGAGAUAUUCUAUCAACAAUUUUUUCCCAAUUAACAUAACUUAUGUAUGCUUUGGACAUAAGAUAGUGACAGGUGGUUAAAGUAUCUAAGUGCUUGAUUUGGUGACAUUUUUUUUGGUCUAAUUAUAAUACUACAAUUAUACUACAAUUUGUACGUUCUACUAAUUUAACUUUGUGCUGUAAGGAUUACAAUUAUGCUCAUCUUAGCUACUGAACUGAGUAUUUAUAUACUAAUAGCAAUUUUAGAAAUGUAAUUUCUUUACUUGUUUUGUUUUUGUGUACGUAUAUGUUAUUUGCUUUUAUCUCCCUUUACAUAUCUAAUUGACUUAUUGCUGACCUAUUGAUGUGUCGGUUAAUUAUCUUUAUUCUCCAUUGUCUAAUUGCGGUUUAGACUGUAGCUAGCGACAAGUUUUAUUUGUUUGUUGUUUCCUUGUUUGUUUUUGUGUAUGUUAGAUAAAUAUUCCUUAUGCAUUUCUACAAGAAAAAUCAUUGUAAAUGGAUGUUACGUGUAUCGAUUAUUCUUAUUCUUAUUAUCAUUAUUUUUUAUAUAAUUUUAGUAUUAUUCUGUUCCCAUGCAUUGUUCUUACUAAGGGCAGGUCAAAAAUUCGACAUAAAUUUAAUCAAAUCUAUGAAAUGUGCUUUGCAGCCUAAAAGUGUGAAGGGACAAUACAAAUGACAUCUAACUUUGUCUGUAGAAAAAAGUGUCAAAUUAUUCUGAGUGUAAAGUUUUCCUGGCAAAAGUCCUCCCUAAUGGCAACUGUGUUUGUAUCCUGAGCAUAGCCUGAUGUUUAUAACACUAAAUAAUUUCCACUAUAAUAGAUUGAUCUUGUAUUUAGGAGUGAAGUAUACUUUUAAUCUACAUUUAAAAUGACAAUUAUGUCGUUAUCUUUUCUUAAUUUAUACAAAUAUAUAUACAUUAAAUUUAUUACAUAUUUUGCUUUUUCAACAACAUAAAUGAAUUUGAAAAAGCGUAUGCAGCAGAUCCUAUACUUUGUUCAGAAUAACUUAAAAUUUUAAAUCAAAAUUUUAGAAUUUUGUAAUCCGUAACUCAUUUUGAAAUACAGUCGACUCUCGGUAUCUUCAACAUUCAGGGGACCGAAAAAAAAGUCGAGAUAUCGAAAGUUUGCGAUAAAAGAUGCUCGACAUAUCGAAGUUCGAAUUUCGAGAUAGCGAAGGCUCGUACUUGUUUACUAUAGUUUACGUUUAGCCGAAAACGAGAAACAUAAACAGAAUAUAUAUGGAUAAUAGUAUGGAAUUUGUUUAGAAAAAGCGUCGUAACAUUUUGAAGUUCUGUGUUUUAAAGAGAAUUAGUAAAAUUAAUUUUUAUAAAAUCGAAUGUUUUUGUUCAGAAAAUAUUUCUAGAUAACGUGAAAUAAUGAGCUAAAGGAACCAGAAAAAAAUAGUUCGAGAUAACAAAAUUCGAGAUAUUGCAGUGGCUGAAAAGACUGAAAAAAUAAGGAAAAUGUGAAAAUUUUUGGACAAACAUUGUCAGAAAAAUAAAGAGUUCAGAUUGUCAAGAGUUGGGACCAUCUAGUACAACGUGGAUUUUUCGCAAAGAGAAAUUUUAGCAAAACAAAGCACGGAAAAUAAUGUUAAUCAGAAUUGCAUUAAACAAACAAAUAAAUAGAUUUUACGAUGUAUAAAAUAUAUAUACGUGACAUAAUUUAUAUCGUUUUAAUUUAUUUUAGAACAUUCAUGACUGGUGUAACACUUGCCGUGAUGUAUUUUCGUGAGAGGUACCAUGGGGCUAUCCAUUAAAGACGUCCAA